CAAACGGAACUGCGUGCAGGACGCAAAAUGGACGCAAACUUCUAACUUUCUGUUUCUUUUUCGUUUCGCUUUUGCUACUCUCUUCCAGAUAGCGCGGCGUCCCUCGUGUAGACCAGCACGCGCUGUCGAAAGAAUUCGAAUCCCGGUCAGAAUUCGAAUUCCGUUCAGACCGAAUCGCUGGCAGCCGUUCGUUUUCACAGCCCAACCUUUGCUGUCUUUAUGUGGAUUCGCUUCCUGGUUGCAACACACAGUCACACAUUACAAUUCAAGUCCUUCAAAACGCAGUUCAGCUUGAGAGACCAAUCGUCGAGCAUAAAAAAUGCCCUUACAGCUUUAAAUAAACAUUUCAUUACUAUUUUACGGGAAAGGCAGCAUCUUUUUAUUCGUUUAAGUGGAAUGUGGUGAGCCGUCGAAGAUUAGAAAUAUCUAAUAUCUCGAGUGCAAAGCGAAAUCCUGGGAUCUAUGCCUCGUCUUCAUGGAGAAUGAGACUAACCGAUCAACAGAAGGUCUUCUGGAGCCUGUGCAUCCAGGCUCAGCAACCUUUAAUGAGAGUAUUCUAGCUCCACUUCGUAACAACUAUUUGUAUGAGGAAUCAGAAGAAUGUUUCACGUACAACUCUGCCCAUUUGAUCAACAAUGGCUCUUUACAAAAACGGUAUGCUGCCUUUUGUUCCGAAAAACGGGAAAAAGGAUAUUCUGAACAGGAACUUGAAGAGUCAUUUGGAUUCCUGUUGCUUGAUGAUGCAAACAGGGCAAGGAAAAUUGGCGAAACAGGCUUGUUAGUUGGACAACCAAAAUGCACUACUCUUGGAGACUCGUUGAAAGAUGCAAAGUCGGGUAAGGCAGCAGCACUUCAAGGCAUGUUUAUUUUCCCAGACUCAAGAACUGUGCCAAGAGAAGCCAAAUCUGACCUGCAAAAUUCUAAGGUAUCAACAGAAAUAAUGCAAGUAAUCCCAGCACUCAACUAUGCAGAAAUGGAGAUGGAAAAAUGUCCUCCAAACCAGCAGGGGCGCUCUCUGAUGUCUUUAGAGAAGCAUUUGCAAGACUAUGGGACUCUUUUUCACCCAGGGCUAUUGGACGUUCCCACCAGGGAAGCCAGUAUGUUUCCAGAUCAGUAUGAUGUGCCUGGUGGUUUUACCCUAAUAUCGCCUAAAUGGUCACAGGAGGCUGGUACUCAAUUAAAAUCCUAUUUUGAUGAGCCUUGUGGCUUUACGAUUCCAGUAGGGAGGGCGUUGGAGUUACUCACUGCUGGUCGACAGCAGCGUGGUGAUGAUCACGAUGAUGAUGUCUAUUACUGCAUAUCAUCACCUGAGGAGGUGCCACAGACUGAUGCCCUUAUUGAAAUGGAGGUGACCAAGCAAUCUGAGGCCAUUAGUGAUGCCUCUGACAAGACAGCUGAAACAGUUGAGAGACAAAAAGAUAAGCAAAAGCAUUUGUCCACAGAGCAGCCUCAACCUGCUUUGCCAGAGGGGCUUGGAAAUCUGGGAACAGCUGUAGUUACAGUAGCUGACAGUGUGUUGGAAUAUCCAACUUCCACAGUGUCACCCAAAUUGGAUGAUGUCCCUGCAGAGAAUUGUGUAAGUAUUGAGACUGAUGUUGAGAAAAAGUCUCAAGGUAGUACUAAAGGAGAUGCUGAUGGAGUCAGUGUAGAUUUAUCUACACAAGAGACUCCCAUCCAAGCUAGCAGUACACCAUUAAUCAAAUCAGCAGAAGAAGGUGCUACUGCUGUAAGUGGGGGGAUGGAGGAUAAUACACAUCCUGAGAAAACAAUGCCUGAUCCUGAUAAGAAAGUAAAUCGGAGGUCUUUUUCAAGGCAUAGAGUGAAUUCUCCCGAUGACCCUACGAAAGACCAGAUUAAGACUGAAACCGUGCAUGCUGAUGACAUCAGUCAAAGACCCCAUUCAACUCGUAGGGGCAAGGGAUGCAGGCGAAAUUUGAGUGAAGCCAGACAAACACAAGACCCUUUAUUAUGUGUGACAACUAAAACUAUAGAUGAUCAAAGUAUAAAAAAUGAGACGAGUCCUUCAAAAAGAGAAUGGCGGUCUCUUCCAAGGCGUAAAAGAUUGUGGAAUGUAGAUGCCAAUCUGAAACGUUCUUUGAGAUCAGAUGCUGUAAAGAACCAUGAGGAAACUACAAUGAAUGUACAGCACAAUGAAACAAAACAAUGUUUGUCUAGCUCGCACAAGAGGAAGAUGGAGGGAUGUAGUUUGAGGGAACGAUAUGGUUUAAAGACCAUAAUCACAAACUGUGGUAGAGUCUUUGUUCCGCAUGGUUCAGAUGUUUACGUAGAGUCUGCAAAAAAGGAGAAAAUGCAUGUUGAGAUGAGCAUUGACACAAAUGCAGAAAUUAUUUCUCCUGUGGAGAACAAAUCCAAAGAAAUAGUGGAAAGUAAGGGAGAAUCUCCCUCGAUGGGUAAAGAAGAACUGUCCUCAAAAGAUCCACUGGUCAAUGACAAUAAAGACUCAGACAGCCCUUCAAAAGACAUGCCAAGUGCGCUCUUGUCAGCAUUAAGAAUAUUGAGAAAACUUAACAAAACCCAUUCAUUAGAAAGUGACAAAAGUCAGGAUUUAUGUCCAGAAAAGUCCAUGAAUGUGACAUCAAACAUGGCUGUAGGUGUCCAACAAAAUAACAAAGAUCAUCCUGUUGCUGUUCAAGCAGAUGCAACUUCCAGUAUUCCCGGAGUUUCUGACCAGUCCACUCAUUCGGACCAAAAAGUAUCAUCUCCUGACAAAAUCAAAAAGAAAGCAAAACAUGAUGUGUACAGUGCAAUAUCUAUAAGCAAAUUAAAGACGGUGCUCAGAAGGGGAAAGAGGAUGAAAUCUCCUUCCCCUGGAGGCAGUGCAAAAUCUGAACCAGAUAACACAGAGCCAGAGUCGAAAAAAGGAAAGCUGGGUGCCAUCAUGGAUCUGAAGUGUGAUACUCCCAAAACUGAGUUGAAAGACAAAGGAUUACAACCCAUAAAUGAUGAGGCACUGCAUACGCCAAUGAAAAGUGUGGAGUUAACAAAACAACCUGUGUCUUGGAGAGGUCUUAUUCACAAGGCAUCAAACGAAAAUGGGUCCCUCAAUUUUGACACAUCAGCACCUUUUGAAAUAGCAAAGCACACUGACCAGCAGCUCAUAUCUUCGCUUAUUGGGGAUAGGGUGGGAAGAAGAAGAAUUAGCACUGAUGGCAAAGCCAGUGCAGAGAGACUGAGCACGGGUGCAUCUCUGCCCCCAGAUGCUUUGAGUUUACUGGCUGACUUGGCUCUUGGUGCAAGUAAUGAUAAAAUGUUAAUGAACUUAGAAGCCAAGGCUGGCCAGGAGGCCCUUGAUGGAGUGAAUGCUAGCGGCUCCCCGGAGUCACUCCUUAAUGCCCUUCUUCGUUAUCCAUCAGCCAGAUUUAAUUUACCCCCCCGGUCUCCUUUCCCAGAAGGUCUUUUAGUGACUGGGGAACUGAUUUUGGAAAUAUCAAAAGAGCAUUCUUACUCACAGACCACCUCUCCGCUGUCAGGUUUGUCAGGUCCAUCCCCCAAGGUUUCUUUUUCAUCUGGAAGUGUAGAAUCACCUCUGUCAUUGAAAACUGGGCUUCAUCUGAACCUACCCAAAGAUGCUGUGGCCUCUUGUCAUCAAGAGGAAGGGGGCAAAGCAGAAUGGAAGCAUUUGAUUACUCCAAAUAAACCAUUGUCGGAGAUCCUAAAGACGAAACCGCGGAGAUCCAGAAUUUUACGCAACAGAAGCAUAAUCGAAAAGGAGGGAAUGAUUCAAGUGACGAGGAUUUGGAAAGAGCCAUAUGAUUUUAAAUUUGACAGCAAGUUAACCAAUGAAAGUAAAGACAAAGCUGUCACACGAGCACUUCAUGGGAAAUGGAACUUCGACAUUGAAGACACCUAUGAGGAUGUCCAUCUCAUUUUUCACAUGUGGAUUGGUCUUUUCUAUAGUAAACCCACCUCCAGGUUAUUUCAUCUUGAAAACAGUACCGCACUUCCAAAGGAGAAGGAGGUUGAAAUUGUUAAUUUGGACAUAAACGCUAUUCAGAAUGCCGUGUCAUUGCUCAGUGUUGAUUUGAGCCAGAAAGCGGACUCGGCCAAGCCUGUGCAUGUUUCAUCAGAGGUUUUGGAUCUUUCUGUGAAAAAUGAUGAGCCUGUGAAUCUGCAUUCAGUCUCAAAUCAGUGCAAAAGCAAAGACACUGCAUCACAAUUUGGUGAAAUGUCAUCUCAUAAGCAUGAAAUGGCACCAAGGCAUUCACCUACUGGGACAAGUCUCUCCUCCAGUCCGAAAGUUACAGCAUUGAUGAAUUAUAGAUCUGCUGUGGAUGUACCAAUGGAAAGUUCAGUGCCUGACCGUGACAAUGGCACUGAUGAUGAAAAUUACAUCACCACUGACUGCUCAUAUUCACAGCUCUUGAAGAAAAACAGUGCGUACAACUAUUUGUGUGAGCAAGCAUCAAAUAUGAGAAUAGGUGUUCGGAUACUUAAACCAAAGGUCAGAAAUGUUGCAAAUACUAAAGUAUCCACCAGCGUGAACACUUCUGGUCCCCCCAAAAUUGGUGUUUUCCAUCAAAUACUUAGUCCCAUAAAACCAUCAGCAUUCUCAAAACCACACCGUCUGGUUUUGGGUAGGAAAAGUUUUGAUCUGGGUUUAAAGAAUGAAACUGGGCAUGUGCCGCAUAUAAAUCUGCAAAAGGAGAAUAUGCCUGACAGUGCAGGCAGUAAAGAGAUUUUUGAAGCAAAGAAAGAAAGAAAGAAAGAUGGGUGCCCAGAAGCUGUGGUUGAUGAAAAUGUUGACAAGACUUUAGAACUUAAAACUGGAGCAUCUGUUUUGUUGGAGGAAGAGAGUGUAUAUGUGGCUGAAGAGAGUAAAGUUCUCUCAAAUGAAGAUAGCCGGCAUGGAUGUCUGACAAUUAUGGAAGAUGGAAAUGUUGAAGAAAACAUAACUUCUGAAAUGCCUAGCCAAAAUCAGACUAGUAUUGUAGAGCAUAAAGAGACUGCUCAUGCAAAGGAAAAUCUUAAACCUUUACUAGAUCUGAAAGAUCAUGCAAAUGUGGUUGAUGAGCUGAGAGAUGCUGCAUCACAUGAGACUAAUGUUGAAGAGCAUAAUGAGAUGUCAAAUGCAAUGGAAGAACCGAAACCUUUACUAGAUGACACAAAUCUAGUUGACCAUGUUAAUGAGCUAAGUGAUAUUUCAUCAGAUGAGAGGAGAGUUGAAGAGCAUAAAGAGACUGCUCAUGCAAAGGAAAAUCUUAAACCUUUACUAAAUCUGAAAGAUCAUGCAAACAUGGUUGAUGAGCUGAGAGAUGCUGCAUCACAUGAGACUAAUGUUGAAGAGCAUAAUGAGAUGUCAAAUGCAAUGGAAGAACUGAAACCUUUACUAGAUGACACAAAUCUAGUUUACCAUGUUGAUGAGCUAAGUGAUAUUUCAUCAGAUGAGAGGAGAGUUGAAGAGCAUAAUGAGACUUCUAAUGCAAAUGAACUUAAGCCUGUGCAUGAUCUAAAAGAUGCUUUGUCAGAAGAGACUAACAUUGAAGAGUGUAAUGAGUUUUCUAAUGCAAAAGAAGAGCAUGAUCUGAAAGAUCAAUCAAAUGCGGUUGAUGCAUCAUCCCAUGAGAUUGAAGGUAAUGACACUAAAGAGCCUGUGGAAGAGAAAGAAGGUCAUACAGGUAAGGAAAUGAUGCAAGAAAUUGAGAUUAAGUCGCAAAAGGAAGAGGCAAACCUGGAUGGCAGUGAUACUGAAUGCGAGACGUCCACAGCAAUGGAGGAACAUCUAGAUGAGUUUGCUUUGGGUCUGCAGGAUGAUAUAAACAGUGUUAAUAUGGAAUUCAGUGAUGAAGAUUCUGAAACCAAGGUACAGAUGGAAGUUUAUGUUCAGAACAGCUCCUCUGACAAAUCAUCUGCCUUCAUCGAUGAUGACCAUGACAUGAAGAUGCAAAAGAGUGAAAAACAACCUCAGGCACCAGAGGAGGCAAACCUUGAAGAUGAUGCCCUUAAAGAAUUUAGCAAAGAUUCAUGCCAGGGUGAAGAUCAGCUCUUGUCUGUUCAAGAGAAACACACCCCAGCUGCUAAUAAUGAUACUCCUGAAGUAAUGCAUGAUGAGAGUGAAACCAAGACUAUUGAGCAGUGUAUAGUGGUCCAACAAGAAGCUCUUGACGUUUGUCAGGAUGAGUCAAAACCAACAAGUACUGCUGAACCCACCAAAAUAGAUACGAGUCAUUCAGAAAAAGAUGAUGAAAGAGAUUUAGGACCGCAAGAUGCAUCUGAAGUCAUUGGUGAGGAUGGCACACUCGUAGACGAGAAUGAAACACAAAGUCAAGGUUCUUUUGAAGAUCAGGUCAUAGAAACAUACCAAGAAUGCCUGUCCCCCAAAAUUUGUGCAUCACCCCCCAAUACCACGACUGACUCUCGUAAUGAAGCAGUUGCUCAUCAAGCUUUGACAAUCAACAAACGCUCAGAAGUGGAGGUAAACAGUAUGUGCUCUACUCCCACUCAAGAUGAAAUUUCAUGUUAUCCAGAAGUAAACUACCUCGUCUUCUCUGGAAAUAUUGAUCGGGUUCUCAAAGAAAUUAAGAGCUCUGCCAGUACCACAUCACGUUGUAGGUCCAAUCCUGACCUGGCUACAUGUCCCAUGACUGUUCGGUUUUCAAAUCUCAGCGAAGUAGAGAGUUCCGCUGAACUUGGUAAAGCUCAGCCAUCACUUUCCGAUUUUAAGAUUAAAGUGGACAUGUCCGACAGGAAAGAGAUGAGGAAAAAAGUGAGAAACCGUAAACCUCUCCAAAGACCUUUCUGUGAUAAAGGCAAUGACGUUAAGUUCUCUGGGAUAUCAGAAAUAACACAGCAAUGCGCUGUUGCAUACAAGUCCAUGAUGAAUGACGUCUGCAGCGGGAAGACUCUCCCUUGUCCAGCUGAGGCAAGAAAGAGGAAGUUUGAUCGAGAGAGUGUUAGGCAUUAUCCUAGAUUCUGUGGGCGCAUCAAGAAAAACGUUUUUGACAAUCCUCAUGACAAUCUAAAGUCUACUGUGAGGCAAGCGUCUAAGACUAAGUACAGGUUCUAUAUCCUUGUCACAUCAACAGAUACCUUCUUUAAAGAAACCAAGAACCUUUUGGAGAUUGAGGGCCACAUACCGGUUGAGCCAGAUGAGUUUGACCUCAAUGGUGACGAUCAGUCCCCUCUGCUCAUUAUACUGAGGAAUGAGGACAUUGCAGAGCACAUAUGUGAGGUACCUUGUUUGCUGGAAUUGAAGUCAUCGCCCAGUGUCCUGUUUGCUGGCAUCGACCGACCCAAUGACAUAGUGAACCUCACUCACCAAGAGCUUUUUGCUAAGGGAGGCUUUAUAGUAUGUGACGAAUUGGCUCUCGACACACUUACUCUAGACGACAUGAAAAAAGUUGUUGGGAUCCUGGAAGAGUUAGACAAGCAAGGGAAAUGGAAAUGGUUUCUGCACUACAGAGACAGUCGCAGACUUCGGGAAAAUGCAAGGUCCAGUCCUGAGGGAAGUAGGAAGCAGCAGUUUAUUGAUUGCUGUCAGAAAGCUGGCAAAGUCGAGGUCUUGCCCUAUCAUGACUGUGAUGUCAUGUCACGGAACCGACCCGACUACCUCUUCUGUUUGACUCGACUCCAGAUCCAAAAUGCCUCUGUUCGCUUUCCUGUGUUUAUUACAGACACGCCAACUGAAUCUUUUGGAACAAAUGGAAUUUUAACAAUGAACAUUUACACAUUCUCACGGAUUCUUUUAAAUGAUACUUGUUCUGUCUCAUAAAUGUUUUUUGUUUUUGUUUUUAUUCAAAAUCCAAUAUCUUACCAUUGGUAAGUACACCAUUGUUCAUAGAAAUAAUUUAUUGUUUAUCGUAAAUGUUAAAGCAUAUAUCUUUGUUACUCAUAAGUGCUUACAAUUUAUAAGCUUUCCGCUGAGAGCUUUACAAUUUAUAAUACAUUGAA